GUUAUCAGUGGUCAUUGAUUAACCCACAACACUCUAAUCACGACAAUUACGUCUUUUUGAUUUCUAAUUUAAAGCGUUCGUGUGUAUACUCUAUUCACUCACUUUAAUAGUUAAUGUAGAUUAAUUAAUAUAUUGUGAACGGUAUAAUGUCUUUUCCAGCUCAAAACGCAAGAGGUAUUCAAAAUCGAAAGAUACUUGAAGACUUGGAACUAAAGAAACAGAUAUUAUUAAAAACUGGUGCUAUUCCAACUCCUCCGACAGUUUCUCAUCCUACAACACCGGGAACAUCUGAUGGUCACUUUCAACGUGCCCAAGCUUUACAGUCUACAGGAUUCUUUAUCACGACAGAUUCAGCUUUUGGUAAUUCUAUGCUUCCUGUCCUACCUCGCUUUGAAAAAUAAUACUGAAUCAUGGCGGCUGCAUCUAUGAAGUUAAAGCGUUUACUGUGUAUACUUAAAGAGAUUGAAACAUUUGAAAACCUAAACCCAAUGUAUUCUAUAAAAAAAUACUGAAAUUGUGUUUUGAGUUAAAAGAUCUUGAUACAUUACUCCUUAGAAUAAUAUUAAUAUAUUAUCAAUUUUUACUAAAUGGAAAUGCUGUCAUCAAUUAAACUUCACGACGAAUUAUAAAUAUAUUUAUUAUUCAUCAACAA